UACGUAAGACAUGGAACGCGCUCUAUUGAUUGUGAAUUGAGGUUAUUCUUUCAUUGACGAUUUAUUUCAGCUUUCGUGCGAAAUAUAUAAGAUAUUGAUGUGUUAUAAGUGGCGGAAGUUGUAAAAAACUUGUUUAAUUUUGAGUUUUAAAGUAUAAAAUGUCUGAUGUUGAAGAACCACCGACGAAAAUGUCUAAAUACGAAGAGUAUUUAGAGCCCGAGGUUGAAGAAGGCAUGGAGGAGGGACAGGAGGAGUGGCUGAGUGAGGGAGUGCUCACCGAUGAUGAUUACAAUCCUAAUCCAGAACAAAUUCAAUCUGAAGAACCGUCAGUAGCAUCGCAAGAAGAUGUUGUACCGGAGACUGUAAAGCUUGAGUCAGCAGACCAGCAGAGCGCAGAACAGACAGCAACAGAAACUGACGUCAGGGCUAAUAUAGAAGAAACCCUCAACAGUUUAGACAGUACCAGGAAUGGAGAUGACUUGCCUGAUGACUUGGAUGCUUUUCUGAUCAGAAAAACUGACAAUGCGAAAGUUAAUACUGAGGAUAAAAAAGACGAGACCGCAGUCCCGGUUAAACAAGAAGCAGACGAUGGGAACGAUACGGACGACCUGCUGCGAAUGUUGGGUGAUGGCGAUCAAAAGUUAAAGAAAAAGAUUAAAUUGAUUAAAAAACUACAGAAGGACGACCAGGGGAGCAGUGAUGAUGAUGAUGACUUUGUUUACGAGAGGACAAAAGUGAAAACAUUGAAACUGGCAAAGAACGCGCUGAUGAAGCGGACUCCAGCGACUAAAGCCGAACCGGAAGAGAUGAGCGACGGAGACGACGAGACCGAACAGUCUUCAGAUGAGGGCGCCACUGUGCAGCGUAUGUUUGACGUCGCCAAAAAGGGCGGGAACGCUAAAGAAACACCGAAACGUAUUGUCAAACAUGUCGUACAAGUUAACACGAAUUUUACUAAGAUUAAUAACGAUACAUCAAAUCUAAAACAACAAAAGUCGAUUUUGAAGCCGCAACCGAAACAAUACCAGAAACAAGUGAAGUCGGUCGAGGUGAAGACUCCGGCGGCUUUCAAGCCGCUAGAGAAAAAGCUUGAAAAGAAGUCGGAUAAAGAGACGACUUCGAAAACUUUUGAGUUUGAUGAGAUUAUCAAUGAAGCCGAGUUCUUGGAUGAAGAAGAAAUCGACUUGGAUGAAGAGGAGUUUGCCGAAGCGUCGGAGAGCGAGGUCCCGAAGCAGCGCAUCAUGAAGCCGGAGAAGAUGGACGAGGAGGUCCCCAGCGACGCGGACAGCCACUCCGAGAACGGCAGUCUCUAUGAUGAGCUACCAUCUUCGGAAUCCGAAGACAUGGAUGACUGGUUCACCCUGGACAUCCGGGCAGAAAGAGCUGGUGACUAUCUACCAUUGUUAGGUACAGCGGCCCGUUCUCUCCUAAUAGCGGAACGUCGUCGCGUUUCUCUCCGCGUCGGUUCGUUACGUCACAGCCUCGCGGCCCUCACGCACUCCGCCCGACGACAGGCAGACCAGCUGAGGGCCGCCGCCAUGGCCCUCGCAGAGAUCGACGACACGCUCAGGGCCGCGUGACCUAGGCCCUAGUCUAGUACUUUGUAUGUGUAAUUUUGUAAGUCAAGGUCGCGCGACCUCUGUAGUUUCAAAGGUCAAGGUCACGUGACCUCAGUCCCAGAAAAGAAGCUUAUGAACGUUUAUGGAGGGUAGAUUGUAUGUGUUAUUUUUAAGUGUAGGUUACGUGACCUUGGUCGUUAUUCGUAACCUCAGUUUCAGAAAAGGCUUAGCUAAUGAAGAUAAAGUUCACACAUGAGGUCACCAGAUCUUGGCCCUAGUAAAAGUUAUGUUACGUAUCGUAGACUUGUAAGUCAUCUAAGACAGAAACUUUUAUAUUCUCGUGAGUACGAUAGCAGUAAAGUCUAAGGUCAUGUGACCUUAUA